GGUGGGAUGGAGACGACCUUGGAGCAGCACUUGGAAGACACAAUGAAGAAUCCAUCCAUUGUUGGAGUCCUGUGUACAGAUUCACAAGGACUUAAUCUGGGCUGCCGUGGGACUUUGUCAGAUGAACAUGCUGGUGUAAUAUCUGUUCUAGCCCAGCAAGCUGCCAAACUAACCUCUGACCCCACUGAUAUUCCUGUGGUGUGUCUAGAAUCAGAUAAUGGGAACAUUAUGAUCCAGAAGCAUGAUGGCAUCACAGUGGCUGUGCACAAAAUGUCCUCUUGA